AUUCAGCGCCGCUAUCACCACAUAAACAUGAUGAAGACCUGCACUGAAGCUCAGAGAUACUGCAGAGAAAACUACACAGAUCUGGCCACAGUCAACAACAUGAAUGACAUGAAUCAACUGAUGAAGAGUAUAGAUUACAGUCUGAUUAACAGUGAGUAUACUGGUGUCUGGAUUGGACUGAAUAGGUCAAGGGUUUAUAAAUGGAAGUGGUCUCUGGGUGAUCCUGUGAAAUAUACAAACUGGUCUAAUGGAGACUCAAAUGGUUCAGAUAAUUGUGUUUAUAUGAGAGAUGGAUCAUGGCAUCAUCAGGACUGCAAAGUGAACAUGAGAUUCAUCUGCUACAAUGAGAGCAGUAAAGGAUUCGUCAUUGAAACAUCUAAUAAAAUAUGGAGAGAAGCUCAGAGGUUCUGUAGACAGCAUCAUACUGAUCUGACCAGUGUGAGGAAUCAGAUUGAUAAUCAACAGAUUCAGAAGAUCAUGAAUGACACAAACAUAUCUCAAGUCUGGAUUGGUCUGUUCAGUGACUCAUUUGAGUGGUCAGAUGAGAGUGAAUCUGGAUUCAGAAACUGGGGUUCUGAUCAACCUGAUAAUCGUGGUGGUUCUGAGUAUUGUACAGCAGUCAGUGUGACAGAUCAGGAUAAAUGGCAUGAUGUGCCUUGCAGUUUCUCUUAUACCUUUGUGUGUCAUGAAGAUAAUCUGAUAUUGAUCCAGAUGAAUCUGAGCUGGUCUGAAGCUCUGAGAUACUGCAGAGAGAAUCAUGUGGAUCUGGUUUCAGUUGAUUCAGAGAAGAUUCAGUUCAUGGUGACUAAAGUGAUUCAUGAGUCCUCUACUGACGCCGUGUGGAUGGGGUUACACUAUUAUUGCCAAAUGAACCUCUGGAUCUGGAUACGAGGAGAGGCCGUGUGCUAUCAGAAUUGGGCUCCAGGGAACGAAACAAAACUGAUGGACUGCAACACUGAACACAGAGCUGGAGCAGUUCAGUCUGGAGGAGAUCAUCGCUGGAUCAGCCUUCCUCAAUCUCACAAACUCAACUUCAUUUGCAUCAGAAAAAGAUAAAGAAUAAAAUCAUUUGUGUCUAUCACUUCAUUUUUGUUCUUUGUUAUUUUUUUGUUUUGUUCUUUAGCAUUUGAGUCAUAACAUAUUACAGAUUAAAUACAACAUUAUGCCUUAGUUCAGAAUCAUUCAUGUAUAAUAGACAAAAAUAUUUUCUAUGUUAAUCUCCUGACACAAAUAUUUUCUUAUGUUUCUUUAAUAACUGUUGAAUUAUAUAAAAUGAAUGUGUUAGUUA